AUAACAAACUACAACAACGCGUCGCGUAGCGUGUUGAAACUGCACAAAUACGUGCAAUUUCUUUCAGUUAUAAAAGACCUGGGUUCACUCUCCUUCUCUUUACUCUUCGUCCUUCACAGUCAUAUACUUUCUUGACUUUUUAUUGCAACAUAUCCAUCUACAUCGUUAUGGCAUCCACACUCUCUCCCACCCCCAUCUCUUCCCCAAGCAAGCGGGUUAGUAAAAUCCUUCAAGACCUCGUUAUUGACUCGUCCGAAGUGGAUGAUGUUGAGGAUAUUCGUAAGAAAUUUGUUGGCGACGUUGACCUUCCUGAGAGUGAAGAGCCUCUCCUGAAAGACUCUAAACGUCGCUUUGUAUUAUUCCCUAUUCAGUAUCAUGAAAUUUGGCAAAUGUACAAGAAAGCUGAGGCAUCUUUCUGGACUGCCGAGGAAAUGGAUCUUUCCAAAGACGUUCACGAUUGGGCCAACCGUCUGAACGACAAUGAACGUCACUUCAUUUCACAUGUUUUGGCUUUCUUUGCUGCUUCUGAUGGCAUUGUAAAUGAAAACCUUGUGGAGCGGUUUUCCAACGAGGUUCAGGCCGCUGAGGCUCGUUGCUUCUAUGGAUUCCAGAUUAUGAUGGAGAACAUUCACUCGGAAACUUAUUCCCUCCUCAUCGACACAUACAUCAAAGACCCUUCAGAAAGGGAGUAUCUGUUUGAUGCCGUCGAGACCAUACCCUGUGUCAAACGCAAGGCAGACUGGGCGUUGACGUGGAUUUCAGACAAUCGUUCAACCUUUGCCGAACGUUUAGUGGCUUUUGCCGCAGUCGAAGGCAUUUUCUUCUCCGGAUCUUUUGCCUCAAUCUUCUGGUUGAAGAAGCGUGGUUUGAUGCCUGGUUUGACGUUCUCCAACGAGCUCAUCAGUCGUGACGAGGGAAUGCACACCGACUUUGCGUGUUUGUUGUUCAGUCACCUGAAGCGUCGUCCUCACCCCGACGUUGUGAGGAGAAUUAUCACCGAGGCAGUCGUGAUCGAGCAAGACUUCCUGACGGAUGCUCUACCAUGCGCACUGAUCGGAAUGAACUCGAAGCUCAUGCGUCAAUAUAUUGAGUUCGUUGCUGAUCGUCUGCUUGUAUCAUUGGGGAACGACAAAGUCUACAACGUGACGAACCCCUUCGACUUCAUGGACAUGAUCUCGCUCCAAGGGAAGACGAACUUUUUCGAAAAGCGUGUCUCGGAUUAUACCAAGGCCAACGUUAACCACAAUAAUGCAUCGCAGCAAGAGUCGACGACGAGCAAAACAUUUUCUCUUGACGAGGACUUUUAGAAUUGUUACUUGUCUCUGGUUAUAUUUACUUAUUGCAUAAGGUUUUUAUAGUUCACGCGUUAUUUGUUGUAUGUCUUACUAGAUCUGUAUGUCUUAAUGUAUCUUUAUUACGUAUUCACUGCAUGUUGGCCUUGUGCCAUGAUUUUACAAUAUGAUGACUUGACUUUAGAAU